GCGCUCGAACAGCGUCGAGGAUGAGCUCAUAGAACUCGGCUACAAUUGGUGCGUCCUCCUUCUCACAUUCGCGUUUGACAUGCCCUGUACAGCUUCCCCGCUUCCUCAGGUUCAUCCACAACCCGAACCACCGCGCUGUGCGGGUGCGAUACGAGGCGAUUGGCCCCAAUCAUCCCGCGCUCCCCGCGGCGGAGACGGCGCUGAAAAAGAUCGCCCACUCGCUCCUGCAGAUCAACGGCUGCCGGGCGACGAUCGUGCCCUGUCUGCACCGCGAGGAGCUCCAGGCGGGGAAGACGGUCGGGAUCGUGCUCCACGCGACGAUGCUCAACGUUGAGGUGCUCGAGAUGGUCCACAUGAUGCAGAGCGCCGUGCCCGUCCACCUCUACAUUGGGGAGCCCCUCACGACGGCGACGAGCUUCGACAUGUAUAGCCCAGAUAAGGUGACCGUUCCCGAGCGUCUCGAGCCUGGAGAUCCGCUUUUCAGUCAAAGCACUCAACGCGCGUUAACGUUCGGGGGGUAUUUGCAUUCAACGGACGACGAUACGGCGCUGUUCGGAUUGACCGCUGGACAGGCAGUCGUGCCACACGCCGGCUUCGCGCUUCACUCGCGAUUGAAGCCGCGCGAGAGGCAUCAAAAGCGCGUCCGAAGUUCACAAGCUGCGAUCCAGUGUCUAGGUCGCCCGCUAUCGAACCCCGCUGUGAGGAUCGUCGAGCAGGCGAUCAGAGCAUCUCGAUUGGAAAGGGAAAGGAUGUACGCGGAGCUGCGCAGGACCAUCCCAGGGGACGCCGCGAUAGCCAUCCAGCGACGAGUGCAGCAGCAAGAAGCAGAGUACCAACGACUGGUCGACUCUCUUGCGCGUCCCCAAGAAUACGACGUCGGGCACGCAUGCGCCGCGGAGGCGCUCAUCCGUCCCUGCAGCAGCGCAGAGCAUCAACGACACGCCUCGCGAUCUCAGCUCCACCUCUCUUCCUCACAAGGACAUUCGCACCGCCCAAAAACCACGGCAGACGAGCACACGCACCUGCUCUCCUGGACGCUGAUGCGCAUAGCGCGAAAGGCGGGCGACAACCCCGCCACGCUGCAUGCUCUGCCAGACACGCUCGAGCGCGGCGCGUCGGUCUCUAUGCACGUUCGCGACCCGAAUGUCGAGCGGCCGCUUGGUCCAUACAGAGACGGAGUCGUCAACGGGGCGCCCGCAAGCGUGAUCAUUGGGGGGUACAUCGCGCGGGAGUGGACAGUAUUCCCUGCGCAUGAUACGAAGAGCCUCAAGUUCGCCGCAAGGGGGGACGCGGGUGCACUUAUAACGUCGGCGCGAGACGGGGGCGCGAUGGCGGUACCACUGGCUAUGUUAUAUGCGGCGCCAGAAAGAGGGCCGUACGGGCUCGUCACACCCCUCACGACGAUCUUGAGGCGGAUUCGAGAUGUCACGGGACUGCAUCUGCAAUUCCAAGGGAGUUGAUGGCAGGAGAGCGCAACCUCAGGUCGAUAACCGAAUUGCACGAGGACUUGCAAAUGCAAAAUUUGUUUCAGUUGUUCGUACCGAUACCCAUUCGUACCUUAAUUGUGUAUUUACGCCUUGGAGUGCGCAAAAUAAUCUCUGCC